CUGAGUGCCCUCAGACGACCUGCACACUCUUUCCAUCUUAAAACAACUUUUAUAUCCUUGAAAGGAUGGAGGAGAAUGGAGGAAAACCGCAUCAGAAGCAUUACGGGCUGGUUUCGUCAGCACUUUGGAAAACAAAGAAAUGAUUUGGAGCAAGUCAAACCCAGUAAAUGUUCUCAGGCGUCCUCCUCUUACUCCAUCUCAGAUCAGCCCCUGCCCUCCGUGCUCUCCUCCUCUUUCCGCUCCUCUCUCAGAUUUGACGUCUUCGUGUGUCACAACGAUGAGGACAGUGAUCUAGCACAGAGUCUGGCCUCUUUCCUUGAAGCACCGUCUAACGGCCUGCGCUGUUACCUGCAGGAGCGGGACUGUCCCGCAGGAGGCGCUGUGUCCACUGAGCUGCUCCAGGCCGUGCAGGACAGUCACUGCUGGCUGUUACUCCUCACUCCCAACUUUGUGAAGGAUGACUGGUGCUCGUAUCAGAUGCACCAGGUUCUGUCUGAAGGGCCCAUGUCACAGAGGAUCAUCCCGGCUCUAGUGAACAUGCCCAGAUCACAGCUCCCACCCGAACUGCGCUUCCUUUUUACUGUGGAUCUGAACACGAACAAAGAGUUCGGCUACACUCUAGUCUACAAGGCGGUACUUCAUUAUUUGAAGGACAUGUCUGAGAAGGACAAGUCCAGCAGUGCGUCUCAUUCUGACGGCUAAGAACAGAUCAGCAUUCAUUAACUGUAUUGACUGCAAUGACAAGAUUCUUCACUUCCAAGCUGCAUCGUAGUUCUCUCCGUCUAAUGUCUCAGAGAUCUCAAAAUUAAAAUUAAAGAUGAAUAAUGUCAAAAAAAAAAAGGAAAAUUCUUUCAUCGUUUACUCACCCUC